AUGAAAACUCAUGAAAAACAUCAACUACUGUUGUGUAAAUUUUAAACUGAUACUCUCCACAAAGAAAAGCUGAAUCAAUAAAUUCAAGUAAUAUCUCUACUUAUUCAUAGGAAAAUUACAUUAUUUCAAACAUUUCAAGGAUUGAAUAAAAAACACAAAUCCACACAAUUUAAGCAUCUCAAUGUGACUUCAAUACUAAAUGUAUGAAAUUAUUCAUAUAGUUUAAGAAUCUUUUUAAGAAUAAAAGGAUGCUCAUUUAGAAAAUAAUAAGAAGUUCUAAGAACAAUCUUAUUCUAAUUAUAAUGAUCUAUCAUCAAAAUGUCAUUUAUUGAAAAAUAAUACAGAGCUCCCUAAAUUAUCAUAAAUGUCCAUAAACCAACAAUUAAUAGACGACAACUUAAGCUGUACAUCUUAAACUUCAUCAGUGUAUACAUUUAUAAUAAUAUUCAGUAGUAUAUAAGUCGAAAAACAAAAAAUAUCAAUUCAAGCAAAGAAAAGAAUUAAGAAAUAAAAGUGCACCAAACUUGAAGUUGUUAAUCAAUCAGGCAGUAGAAAAUAGACUAAUGUAAAUCACAAAGUCUAGAAAAGAGAACAAAAAUCAAUUCCAAACGAUUUACCAUUUUAAAAUGAAAAAGAGGAGAUUAUAUCAGUUCCAUUUUUAGAAACUAUUAUUCACUAAGAUGUGAAAGAAAAAAGUAAAUAUUAGUUUUACUCUAUAUUUUAGCAUUCAUAUUUUCAGAUUAAUACUAUAUGCAUAAUUUAUUUGGCUAUUUAAUGGGAUAUCUAAAAGAUAGCUUUAUGGCCUAAAUGUACAUAAACCACUUUUCUCAAUUAUAUGAUAAUUUGUAAAAAUCAAAAUUAAUUGAAUGCCCAUAAGAUUAUACUUUGUCCUGCAAAAUUUAACCUUAAAAAAGUAUAAAAUUUAAUUAAAAUCAAGAAUUAUAGAAGACCCUAAUAAUAGAUUUAGAUGAAACAUUAGUACAUUGUAAUGAGUAUAGUUGUUUAAAGAGUGAUUUUUUCAUUCCAAUGAGUUAUAAUGAAAAGAUCUAUUAGGUAUGUUAAAAUAUUUAUUGUAGGUUGGAAUAAGUAUAAGGCCUUAUGCUUAAUAAUUUUUAAAAAAUAUGGCUAUGGAAUAUGAAAUCAUGAUUUUUACUGCUUCUAAUUCAGAUUAUGCGAAUAAAAUUAUUGAUUAUUUAGAUCCAUAACGAAACUUAAUAUCAUAUAGAUUAUUUCGUGAUGAUUGUAUUCGAAUAUCAAAUAAUUGCCACAUAAAAGACUUAAGAAUACUGAAUAGGAAUAUGAAAGACAUAAUUUUAGUAGAUAAUUCGGCUUAUUCAUUUGCAUUUUAAGUGGAAAAUGGGAUACCGAUCAUACCAUAUCUAGAUGAUAAAAAUGAUAAGGUAUAUAAAUCAAUAUAAUAAUAUAGGAACUAAUACAUUUAUAACAUUAUCUCAACCAUGUAGUCUAAUUUGAUGAUGUUCGUAGCCAAAACAAUAGGAUUUUUAACUUGAAAAUAGUGCAAAAUUGUGUUUCGAUUUCUGAGGCUGUAAAGCAGUUGAAAGCCUCGAUCUCAAAAUGAUCAAUUUUGUGAAUAAUAG